ACGUCACUUCUGCUCGGUUCAGGCGGGAAGUUGAAAAUAAUAAGCGCUUCACUUGGCUGCUCUGUAACAAAACUAACAUGCUGGUUAGCUAUAUCAGUACUAGAAGACACAAUUCACUCGGUGAAUGUACCGUUAGCAUUUGAAACAAUUAAAGCUAGGUAAGGCUAACUAACAUUAGCUUGUGUUUCAGAAGCAGCUAACCCAGCGUUGACGUGGUUAAUGUAAACUGGAUAAACAAACAAUGGACCGACCACCAAGGAAAACAAAAGUUGUGAAUUACUCUGAAGCAAAUGCCGUUGAUGAUGAUGAGGAUUUUGCUCAGGCUCCACCCAGGAAAAAGGCCAGGGAGGAGGUGAGACAGGAGCACAUGAAAUCAUCGAGCAAGCCCUCCAGUCAGGAGUCCGACUCACCAUCCACACAGAGCCCGAAGAGCAGAAGACCAUUAGAUGUGAAGCUGCUUGAACGGGAUCUAGAAGCAGCCAUUACAUUGUCCUUGCUCAAUAAUGCAGAUGGGAUAAAAGAACAGUCGGACACCAGUAAAGGAGAUGUCAAGGUUCAAGUUCCAGUCGAUGAAAACAUUGAUCCGUCCUCUUUGCACCUUUCCAACUGCAGCGUCCUUUUGGACCUGGAUGAUAUCACAUCAGAGAGGGAGUCAGCGGUCCUAUCGAGACAGAGAAAGUCUGCCUCUAAAGCCGCUCAGGCGCAGAAGAAAACGCUUGCAGAUGACGAUGAAGAAUAUAAACCCAAACUGACACCAGAUUCAGAGAGUGAUGAAGACUUCAGUGAACCAGCUGAGAGCGACGAGGAGGAAUUCACAGUGAAGAAAAUAAGCAAAUCAAAAAAGGAGAAAGCUACCAAGUACGAGAAGACCAAACCACCUUCUGCCUCUAAAAAAGAAAAGCUACCAUCAAAUCCACCAAAGUCUAAAUCACCGGCAGCAGUUUCCACACCAGUGAGGAGUCCUCCAACAGCUCAAGCUGCACCCAAAAGACCUCCUUCAUCGUCCACAGUUUUCACAGCGAAACCUGCGUUGCCUCUGAGCCCAGCAGGGGGCAAAAUACCCAAGUGGACCCCACCAGCUCAAGUUGGUAGAGGUCCUUCGUCUUCGAGUCCAGCAGUGAGGUCUCCGGGUCAGGGUCUGCGGCUCGGACUGUCCCGCCAUGUUCGAGUCAAACCUCUUCACCCCAGCCUCACCACUCACUGACCUGUCAGAUGUGUUGUCGUUUUAGCUUCAUUUUUAAAAGACGCUUGUGAAUAUUCAUUUCUGUUUGAAGAUUACAUGUAAAGUAAAUAUUUUCCCAUGAGGCUUUGGUCAAAGAUAGAACAGUCAUAGACUCAGGCUCUGGUUGUUGGAUGUCAAUCUCUAUCAGAACAGUAAUUGUGUUGAAUUACUUUUCACAUUUCUUUGAUGUAUGUACGUUCAAGAUAAACUGUUGUUGGUAUGACUGGCAAGUUGAAAUGAUCCACUUUUUUGUCUCAGCAUUCUCCCCUUUCCUAUUGUGUGCAAACACUGUAAAUUGUGUACAUAUACAAAUAAAAUUUAAAACAACUUUAA